ACAAGCUUCAUUUUAACGUUUAACGUUCCCGCUUUUAAAUUUUUCCAAGAUUCCCUUGUUUACUGUGUUUAAAACUGAACAAUGCUCGGUGUUUAAAGGUGUAAAUGGUUGUUUAAAGUGCCGGCAAGAUGUACAUCAAGUCGAUAGUGCUGGACGGGUUCAAGUCGUACGGCAACCGCGUGGAGGUCAGCGGCUUCGACCCCGAGUUCAACGCGAUCACCGGCCUCAACGGCACCGGCAAGUCCAAUAUCCUCGACUCCAUAUGCUUCGUGCUGGGAAUCACCAACCUUUCCAAUGUGCGCGCGGGCAGCCUGCAGGAGCUGAUCUACAAGCAUGGGCAGGCCGGCAUCACCAAGGCCACCGUCAGCAUCACCUUCGACAACCGUGACAAGACGCAGUGCCCCAUCGGAUACGAGAACCACAAUGAGAUCACUGUUACCAGACAGGUGGUGAUGGGCGGCAAGAACAAGUACCUGAUAAACGGCAUCAAUGUGCAGAACAAGCGCGUGAGUGACCUUUUCUGCUCUGUGCAGCUCAACGUCAACAACCCGCACUUCCUCAUCAUGCAGGGACGCAUCACCAAGGUGCUCAACAUGAAGCCACCGGAGAUCCUGUCGAUGGUGGAGGAGGCGGCGGGCACGCGCAUGUACGAGGCCAAGAAGCAGGCCGCGCAGAAGACCAUUGAGAAGAAGGACGCCAAGCUGCGGGAACUCAAUGAUAUAAUCCAGGAGGACAUCGCGCCGAAGCUGCAGAAGCUGCAGGAGGAGCGCGCGCAGUUCCAGGAGUACCAGAAGGUGGUGCGCGAGCUGACAGCACUAACCCGUCUGAAUGCUGCUUACAGAUACGUAAAAGCGGAGGAGAGCGCGGCCGCGUCCGCCGCUCGGGUGGCCGAGGUCACGCAGGAGAUCGACCAGAAGAAGCAGGAGAUCGCCAGCAAGAAGGACGAGAGCAAGCAGAUCGACCAGCAGGUCAAGGAGAUUAAUAAGAGACUCGAUGAGGAGAGCGGCAACACUCUCAAGCAACUCGAAUCAGAACUAACCGCCCUCGAGUCGGCGGAGACGGCGGCGGCGGCGGCGCGGAGGGGCGCGGCGGAGGCGCGGGGGGGCGCGGCCCGGCGCCGCCGCCAGCUCGAGCACUCGCUGCAAGUUGACCAGCAGGCCUGCGGCCACAAGAACAGCAUCCUGCAGGCGGCGUCGUCAACCUUCUCAUCUCUCAAAUCAGCCAGCGAGUCGUCGGCGGCGGCGCUGGCGGCGGCGCAGGCGCGCUUCCUGGCCGUCAGCGCCGGGCGCGAGGGCGGCGGCGACUCGCUGCAGGACCAACUCAUGGCGGCAAAGCAGGAGGCGUCCGAAGCCUCGACCCUGGUGUCCCAGAGCUCGAUGCAGAAGAAGCACUGCGAGGAGCGACUGAAGGCUCUCGAGAAGGAGUACAAGAACACGGCGGGGAGGCAUGAUCAGGACCAGAAGGAUAUUGAUAGGCUGCAGGCGCAAGUUGAUGCCUUGCAGCGCGAGUUAUCCUCACUAGACUACAGCGAGGAGCGUCACUCGUCCCUGAAAGAGUCCUGUCGGUCGCUACAGGCCUCUAUCAGACAGAAGCGCGACGCCGUGGACAACUUGUCCGCAAGACUGCAGAGAUGCGACUUCAAGUAUACAGAUCCCGAGCCUAAUUUUGACAGGAAAAGGGUUUGCGGCACGGUGUGUCGGCUGAUGACGGUGAAGGACCCCGUGUACUGCACCGCCAUUGAGACUGCGGCCGGCGGCAGGCUGUACAACGUGGUGGUGGACACGGAAGUGACCAGCAAGCUGAUCCUGCAGCGGGGCCGCCUCGAGGCGCGCACCACGCUCGUGCCGCUCAACAAGAUCCACGCGGCGUGCAUCGACGACAGGACCGUGCGGGCUGCGCAGGAACAUGGCGGCGGUCCCGACAACGUGCAACUGGCUCUAGACCUAGUCACCUACCCCGCUCACUGCGCGCCCGCGCUGCGCUGGGUAUUGGGCAACACACUGGUCUGUAAGGACCUACAGACGGCCAAGAGAGUGACGUAUCACCCCAGUGUCAUGAAGAGGUGUGUGACUCUGGACGGAGAUGUGUUCGACCCGAGUGGGACGCUCAGUGGAGGCGCCAGGGCUAAGGGCGGCUCGAUCCUGCUGCAACUGCAACAGCUGCGCGAACUAGAGGCCUCUCUGAGUGAAGCCGAGGAGCAGUACCGCCGUGUCAGCGAGGAGCUGAGCCAGUCGCAGAGACUAGCGGACAAGUACACCGCCGCCAUGCAGAGAUACGAGAUGUCAUCCCACGAGCUGUCAGUGCUCAAACAACGAGUAGCGUCCACUGCGCACGCGCAUCUCCACGCUGAUAUCGCCGCCCUGCGCGCGCAGGUCACUGACCUCGCCGCCGCCAUCGCUGAGCAGGAGAGGACCAAGGUCGAGGCGGCCGCCCGGGCCAAGGAGCUGGAGGCCAAGGUCAAGGACAUCAAGGGGCAUCGGGAGAGAGAGUUCAAGAAAGCUCAGGCUGAGCUGGACGCGGCGAAGAAAGAGGCGGAGAAGCAUAGCGAGGACUGGAAGCGAAGAGAACAGGAGUUCGAGACGCUCACACUAGAGGUGCGUGAGCUGGAGGCGGGCGUGGCGGCGGCGCGGGCGCAGCUGGCGGAGCUGGACGAGGCGCUGGCGACCCUGCAGCUGCAGGAGGACACUGCACGGGCGCAGCAUGAGGAGGCACAGAGUGCCGUCAAAGAGCUCCAAGCCCGCAUCAAGCAACAGAAGGCCGACAUGUCCCGGCGCAGCGGCGAGGUCACCCGGCUGCUGCAACACAAGGAGACUCUCGCCAAGAGCUGUAGCGAGCUAGAGCUGGGGAUCAAGGAACUGCAGUACAAGAUCACUGAGCUGGAAGGAGAAGCGAGUGAUUGUGAGAAGAGGAUAAAAGCCCUAGAAGCGGAACACCCGUGGAUCCCCUCAGAACGUGAGUACUUCGGUCAGGCGGGCGGCGCCUUCGACUUCGCUCGCGGCGGCGCGGCGGCGGCGGCUCGCGUGGCGCAGCUCACGGCACGAAGGGAUAAACUACAGAGAGGGCUGAACCACAGGGCGCAUACGCUGUUGGGGAAGGAGGAGGAACAGUACCAGGACGUGAUGCGCAAGAAGCAGAUCGUGGAGGCGGACCGCGCCAAGCUGGUGCAGGUGAUGGCCGAGCUCGACCAGAAGAAGCGCUCCACGUUGCUGGCCGCCUGUAGCCAGGUGAACAAGUCGUUCGCGAGCAUCUUCAGCACGCUGCUGCCGGGCGCGCAGGCCAGCCUCGCGCCGCCGCCGGGGCUCACUGUACUUGAUGGACUCGAGGUGAAAGUGGGUUUCAACAACACGUGGAAGGAGUCUCUGGGCGAGCUGUCCGGCGGCCAGCGCUCGCUGGUGGCGCUGGCGCUGGUGCUCGCCAUGCUGCAGUUCAAGCCCGCGCCGCUGUACAUACUGGACGAGGUCGACGCCGCGCUGGAUCUGAGCCACACGCAGAAUAUAGGCCAGAUGCUCAAGGAGCAUUUUACUGCGUCGCAGUUCAUCAUCGUGUCGCUGAAGGACGGCAUGUUCAACAACGCGAACGUGCUGUUCCGUACGCGCUUCGUGGACGGCAUGUCCGCCGUGCAGCGCACCGUCAACAGGCGUUAGACGUCAACAGGCGUUAGACGACCACCGCCGGUAGACGUCUACUACCAGUGUA